GCAUGAGCGAAAUAAUAAUCCGCUUAAGAAUCCAAAAUUUCUAAAAAUGGGCUAAAAUAACUGCUAAUUAGUAAGUUUCUGGGAAAACAAAUUAUGUCUGUCCGUAGGGGUGAAUGCAAUGGACAACUUUUGCAUUGACAUAAACUGUCCAAAAUGCUUCGUUAAAACGGGGGACUGCGCAAGAAAUACUUUUUGUACUAGGUGCAAAAAUAGCUGGGAAAAUCGUUUUUUCAAUUAUUAAAAAUUUCUCCUCUCCGCCAAAACUUAUCCAAUCCAUGAGUUAUUGCACACGAAUACCCCUGAAGGUGUUCUCUACAAACCGGCAUAGUUUGAGGGUAUGCUUGGGGGAGGGGUAUCCUCCUUAAGAAAAAAGCGAUUGGACACUUGGGCAGAUUUCCUCGUUAGAUACUUUCAAUGCUACUUUCUACUCAUUGAAUAACUUUUUUUCUAAAAGUCAUAUUUCGAAAACUAGCGCGAUUUUUCCCCCUCAGCUGCUGUCUUCAGAAAAAGAUUAUGAAACAAUCAUCUAUAGCUCAAUAAAGAUCAUUACUAUAAAGUUUUAUAGGAAAACGAUUUACCUUUCUCCAUACCACAAAAACAGUGAAUGAACAUCUUUAUGGCGUUAGGAAAUAGUUAAUUGCUACAAAGGAGUGAUUUUCCUGAUUGAAUAAGAGAGUUUUUUCUAUAGUAGCAGAUACCGGGUCGAGAAGAUUAUUUCUAUAUCUUUGAAACAGCUGUUGAUGCACAAUCGAAACACGAAUACCUGAUCUUAAUACACCCCCCUUAACCCCUUAAUACACCCACAAUUGUGCAUAAUCUUUGAUGCAACAAUCUGGUAUUUGUUUCUGCUACUAAGUUUUUCUGGGGGGGGGGUGGGGCCCUGAAAUCCGAACGUCCGAAGACGCGCUAUGAACUUCCAGCAGAAUAUAUUUCGGCACUGCCAGAUUGUAGAGCACGUUGAAUUACCUUAGUGGGAAAAAAUUUAGAACCAACAACCAAGUUUCUUAGAGAUAGAAACAUUAGGUUCAAAUACCUGAAAUAUUUUGGUUCUCUACUGGAUUAGUUCUAUCUCUGCGAUAACUCGUUCGUUGGUUCUGAACAUUUUCCUACAUAGGUAAUUCAACGUGCUCUAAAAUCUAGUAGUGCUAAAAUAUGUUCAGCCGGAAGGUCAAAGCGCGUCUUCAGAUACCUGGAUUUCAGGCACCCAUCCCAGAGAGGUCCAGCAGCAGAAACGGAUAUCAGAUUCGUGAUCAGCAUCAAAGAUUACCCACAAUCGUGUAUGUUUUAAGGAAAAAAUGGUUGGAUACUUGGGAAGGUUCAGUCAUAGGUGUAUGCAAUCAACAGACAUUUUUAAGGACUAUCUGUUGGUGAGUCGUAUUUAUUGGAAUUCGAAACACGACCAAUUUCAAAAAUUUAGUGGGAAAUAGUUGAAUUUGAUUCCAUCGAAGUGUUUCACCUCUAGAAAUUUAGAAUUUUAUUACUGCAGACUAAGGUCAAUAUCAGUUUUGUAGAGAAUUAAAUUGUGCAUCUUUCGAAAACAGAUUCAAUAAUCUAUGUUGUAUCCAGGCUGAAAUAUUCAAAAAACAUAAGAUGUUACAAAACUUUUGCCGUGUCUGGUAUAUCAUACUUUUCAUAAUAAUAAAUUCGCUACGAUCUUGCCUUAUUUCUAUACUUUCUCAGUUGUUUUUUAAUUGAUUAUGUUUUAUCGCUCAAAGGUACUUGGUUAAAGCAAUUUAAAUUUCAAGACACAAGAUAUAAUAUGAAUUUUUAUUUGGACAAUGGCACAAUAACAAAAUUAACAAUGAUGUAUCAAAAACAAAAAUAUCCCUAUUACAAUGAUACAGAAUUAAAAGUACGAAUUAUCCAUAUACCAUAUAAAAGUAUAGACGAAAAUCGAUUUGUAUUUACAAUUCUUUUACCAUACAAUGGUAUUAAGCUAAGUGAUAUUGAAGAAAACCUAUUAAUCAAUCAACAAAAAUUAUUAAUGAAUAAUGCGUUUUCAAUACAAGAAUUAUUAUUAUAUUUACCAAAAUUUAAAAUGGAAUGUCAAUUUCAAUUAAGUGAGAUUUUAUCAGAAAUGGGCAUGACAGAUGCAUUCGAUAUUCACAAAGCAGAUUUUUCAAAUAUCGAUAAUGAAAAAAAUAAUUUAUAUAUCACUAAAGUAAUACAUAAAGCAUGUAUUGAAGUUAAUGAACAAGGUUCGGAGGCAGCUGCUGCUACGGCUGUUAUCUUUACGAGAGGUCGUAGUUCCACGAUACGUCAUCCACCACCAGUUGAAUUCACAUGUGAUCAUCCAUUUUUAUUCAUGAUACGAGAAGAAAAACGAAAUAUUACAUUAUUUACUGGUCGUUUUACGACAAAACCUUAG